UCACACCGAGAGACCCGCCUCGUGUUGUGCACCACAGAAAGCCCUAGAAGAAGUACACAACGUCCAACACUUUCUCCUGUAAGAAUUGCUAGGCCCUGUUUGCUUCCCACUUUUACUAAACCCUAAUUUCACUGUUACUAUCAGUCCACAAAAUACCACAAUUUCACUGAUUUUCUCUGUAACCACUUGAUUAUUGUGGUUUCAGUUAAAUUACGUCAACCAAACGUGGCCUUAUUUCUAGAAGCGGUACUAUUCCCAUUUUGGUGAUGGUAACCGCCGAUCGGACUCAGAAUCCAUGGGUGAGCGACUCAGUACAAACCUCAAAUUUAGUCGGAUUAACCGAUAACGAUCUGCUGGCGUCGGUUUCCAUGGUUAUAGAUGAAUCAGAGCUUGGAUUAUCUGCUCAUCAGCCUAGCCAAUCAAUUAGCAGUAAACCUGACAAGAAAUUAGAGCUUGUUGAACGAGCUUUCUCUGCUGCCGGUGCUGCGUUUCUCUCGGCGAUUAUUGUUAAUCCUCUCGAUGUCGUCAAGACGAGAUUGCAAGCGCAGGCUGCUGGAGUUCAGUACUCACAUCCUUUAAGUAGUAUUAUUGGUCGAAUGGCGUAUUUCGGGCCUAAUAUGAUGUUUGCGGAUUUGAGGUGUUCACCUUCUUGUGCACGUGCUGGAGUUCAUGGAACUGUCAAUAUUUGUCCUCCUGAUUGUUUUCAGUAUAAAGGAACUUUAGAUGUUUUUUACAAAAUCAUACGGCAGGAAGGAAUUGCUAGACUAUGGAGAGGCACAAAUGCUGGGCUGGCUUUGGCUGUUCCCACGGUAGGAAUCUACCUACCAUGCUAUGAUAUUUUUCGCAACUGGAUGGAGGAUUAUACUUCUCAGAAAUUUCCCGGCGCAACACCAUAUGUGCCUUUAGUAGCUGGUUCAUUGGCACGUUCUUUAGCUUGUGCAACUUGCUACCCGAUUGAACUUGCAAAAACUCGCAUGCAGGCAUUUAAAGCAGCCCAAACUGGCACAAAACCUCCUGGUGUUUUGAAAACUCUUCUGGAAGUUCUCUCCCAUGUCAGGAGCACAAAUGACGGUCAAAACAACCUGAGAGGCUACCGUGUGCUAUGGACAGGCAUGGGGGCACAGCUUGCUCGUGAUGUUCCAUUCUCUGCCAUUUGUUGGUCAACACUUGAACCGAUCAGGAGAAGACUUUUAGGUUUGCGUGGGGAGGAUUCCGGAGUUGCAAGUGUUCUUGCUGCAAACUUUUCUGCUGGUUUUGUUGCCGGUAGCCUUGCUGCUGCUGCUACCUGUCCUCUAGAUGUUGCCAAAACUCGAAGACAGAUAGAGAUGGAUCCUGUUCGUGCAUUGAGGAUGACAACACGGCAAGUUUUGGUGGAGGUUUGGAGGAAUGGAGGAAUGAAAGCAUUGUUCACAGGUGUUGGACCUCGUGUUGGACGCGCAGGACCGUCAGUAGGGAUUGUGAUAUCAUUUUACGAAGUUGUGAAGUAUACAUUACAUCAGCGCUAUGUAACCACAUGACGCAAAGGAGUUAAUUUAAUCUAUGUUGAAUUACUUUUUUGGAGAUGUAUAGGCACGGGAACACUUGGGUCAAGCUGCUCGGCACUGUGAAUAAUACUGCACCAAAGAAAAUGUGUAGUUCUAGCUAUUUCAAGGUCGUUUUUUUUUUCUAGGCAAUGCAGGAUAGAAAUCUUUCUGUUUCCCAGUUACAUAGCACGUAGAGCUCAGACUGAGCUGAAAUUUUGAUGAUUUUUGAGGUGCAACUAACUUAGUGUUUUUUUCCUGAGUUUUAGUCUCAGAUGAUGUGCAUGCCGCCAAGGUAAUGCACGAAUAGUAGGUUUUGCUACCCUGAACGUGCCUGUAUCAUUUUGGAGUUGGGGUAAAUUUUGUUUCGGACUUAGAAUAGCUAAUGAUACGACUGUACAAUAUGAGUUUAAUCAAUGAGUUCUCGUUUAGAAUUUGCUUAA